UGCGCUGAUGCGAAACGUUGAGUAAAUGAUGUUUAGAAGCAAAGGCCAGGGCAGAUUUGAAUUGAAUGCGAACAGAUUCGUAUACAUUGAAUGUGUGUGGCUUACAAUAUCACGCAGAGCAAGUAUUAAGUAUUAGCUGGCUCUUUUGUGGUAAUCGGAGGAAACAGAGGCUUGAAAUCCAAGCGGCGGUUGUUUUUUUUGAUCGAUCUUUCAUUUCCUUUCUAGCAGUUUCCUGCCACUCGUUACCUUCAGACCACAUGCGCUUUGAAAGCUGUACCGAUACGAAGUCACCUUUGAUUUGACCUACUUGACGUGCGUUCUUGCUUAUCAGUCGAUUUGUGCAACAUCACGAUCUCUUCUCGACUGGCAAGCAGCGACAAGGAACCGCGACAGACAGUUUGCGAUCCCCGAACGCGAUUUCAUUAGACGACCUUUCUGUAACAUCGAAAGAGAGUCUUCGAAGAGGACCUGCAUGGUUUUGACAGGGUGAUGUGGAUUUAAGCCCUGUAUUUGUUGAUUCUUUGUCUGGCAAUGUCAAAACCAUUCUAUCUCAAGGGUGGAGUUAAAAGGAUAAGGCCCUCAUCACUUGGUUCUGAUUCGGAUGAGAAUGCUUGUGUACGUCAAGGUACUCAUGCUUAUGAACUGGAAUUAGAAAGCAUUUCUGAUAGUGAUGGGAGCAGCAUCAAGAACAUGGAAGAACUUGAUCCUUGCAGUCCAAAUUCAUCAACUCCUGGAAGUCUCUCUCCCCUCAGUUCACUGAGUAGUGGAGAUAGCCAGUUCACUAACAGAACAUUUGAGUUUCCUAGCGAACCAUUAAAUUUCCUGCGCUAUGCCAAUUUACACUCCUCUGGCAUGCAACCAAGUACAUCUCUUUUAGAAGUGUCAAUUGCAAACUUGCCACCGGAGUCUGAGUUGAAGCAAUCUUUGUUGAAAAUCCGUGAACAGAUGGCUGUGAGUCUUGUGCGACUGAAGGAGUUAGAAGAACAGGUUCGGAAUGUGCCGACCUUGCAGGUUCGCAUUUCUGUGUUACAAGAGGAGAAGCGCCAACUUAUAAAGCAGUUACAAUCCAAAGGCAAUAGAAAGAGAAGUCGAUCAGUAGGUCCCUCAUUGGGUACUGAAUACUCUGUGUACAACAACAUGCACUCCAAAGGUUCAAAGAGUGAUACAGAAAAUGAUGGUGAUGAUGACUAUGCUCUGAUCAGGAAGAAGCUUAGAGUCAGGUUAAACUCUGUUGGUGUUGGAGAUUACUUGGUAAAUGGACCUUGUUCUUGUUGUCCCACAGUGACACCAGCAGUCUUCAAGACUCCUGUGAAGUCUGUGUGUGUUGGUACAGAUACACAAUUGGACGAAAACAGUUUACAACCAGCAAGAGGGGUCAAAGAACUGGUUAAACCAGUUGUACAAACAAGAUCAAUUGGAGUUGGAAUGAUGAGGUCUUUCACAAGAGAUGUUGGUGUGGGUGAAGAUAAACCAAUUAUUUAUACUGAAAGCAAAGGUUCUCAGGCAUCAGUAGGAAUGGUGGAUUCUGCAUGUGAUGCUCUGUCUGCCACGCCCACAAGAGAUAUGGCAGUGUUAGUGAAACCUGAUGUAAGCUCAAAAGGAAUUGGUACAAUCAUGGAAGAAAACUCAACUGACAGUUCUCUAUACAAGGGAACUGAAAUUCAUUCGUCAAAACUGAUGGUUCACACUGGUGUUCAGACAAGCAGAGGUCCAAACAUGUCAUUGGUAUCAAUUGGCGUGGGCAUAUGCACUAUUGAUGAUGAACUAUCAUGCCGAAAGUGUUCUAACAGGAAGUCCCGUGCAGUGGUGAAAACUGUUGAUGAGAUCAUGGCCAAUCGUAUUGACAUCCCAUUCUACAGAUCUGUUGGGGUUGGGGAUUCCAGCCUUAAUGACAACUAUCUUUGCAAUCGCUGCAGCACUAUUGAGACAAGAACAAUUGCAGUUGGAGAAAAGAUUGAAUGUAGAAAUGUUGCUAUUGGCGACUUCAGUGUUUCUGAGGACUCUCACUGUGGUUAUUAUAGUAACCUUAAGACAAGAAAUAUUGGCUGCAGCACUGACUGUGUUGUUACUGUGGACACUGGUUCUGGAGAAGACAAGAUUGAUGACUUUCUGUUUUGUGACCACUGUUCAAAUUUACAAACAGCAUCUAUCGGAAGUGGCGAUUUUAAAUUGGAGGAGGGCUCUGUUUGUGAACUUUGUAAUUCCGAAAUUCAAGCAAAGGCUGAAAGCAUUGUGGAGAGUUUGGUGACUUCUGAUGUUGUAGUUACAACAGAAUCAACUAUUGAGGGAAGUCAUCUUGUUGCUGAGAAAAACGAUGUAGAAACAUGUGUAUCAACAGAAAAUAUUAGCUCUGUUAAGAGAAGUACAUGUACUCGUACAAUCGGUGUUGGUAGUUGUGGCAUCAUGGACUCUUUCUGUGACAGGUGUGACAAUCUCCACACCAGGUCUAUUGGAGUGGGCAGUGGAAACAUUUCAGUUGAUGUGAUUUGUGACAGAUGUUCCAAUAAGAAGACAAAGUCAGUUGGAACAAGCAGUGACAUUAUAGAAACAAGAACACUUGGUGUCAGUGAGUGUUGCAUUACAGAUAACUACUGCGAUAGAUGCAUGAACAUCAGAACACAAACAGUGGCCAUUGGAGACUGUUGUGUCACUGACAGCUUCUGUGAGCGCUGCUUUAAUGUUCAAAUGCAGUCUAUUGGUGUUGGAGACUUUGAUGUUAAUACAGAGGAUAGCACACCAGUCAUACAAGCUAAUCUAAUUUCUGUUGAUAAUAACAACAUGGUGGACAUAAACAAGAACAUGAAAACUAACAGCUCAGUUACAACUAAAAAUGUAAGACACAUACAGUCUAAACAAAGCAGUCCUCUUAUGUACUCCAAUGAUGGCAUAAAGAAGGUGUUUAGGAAUAGCAAGGAGCGUAACCUUCAUGAGUCUGAUGAGAGCAUUGACAAUGACAACCCCAGCAGUGACACUGCAAGCCAAACCAGUGAAGUUUUGGAAACAACGCCAUCUCCUGAGCGGAUUAGAAUAACAGAUGAAGUUGUGGUGGCCUGCAAACUGUUGAAUGGGCAUCUUUAUAAAGGAAAAGAGAUUGGGAGAGAGCAAAUGAUCUCGUGCAUGAGUACAGUAGAAAACAACUGGUUUCGCUGUGUCAGUUCCAGAGACAGUGACCCAGAGGUGAUCAAAGGGCUCCUGAGAAUAUUCAAGAAUCAAAUUCACAUGUUGUUGGAAACUAUUCUCAACCUCGUGGACGGCAAUGGAAAUAAUGCACUGCAUUACGCUGUGUCAUUUAGAAACUGGAAACUAGUGGACGUGUUACUGGACACGGGACUCAUGAACCUGAACUUACCAAACAAGGCUGGGUACACUCCGAUUAUGAUGGCUGCCUUGGCAGGAGUCGUGAAAGAAGACGACAAAGGCAUUGCGAGGAAAUUGUUUAAAACAGGAGACAUCAACAAGCAAGUCGAGGAAACAGGACAAAGUCCACUUAUGUUGGCUGUCAGUCGAGGAAGAAUGGAAAUGGUCGAGCUCAGUUUGGAAGCUGGGGCCGACAUCAACGCAACAGAGGAGGAUGGUUCAACAGCUCUGAUGUGUGCGUGUGAACACGGUCAUCUCAAUAUUGCCAAGCGGCUGCUCUUGGAGCCUCAAUGCGAUGCCUCCCUCGAAGACAAUGAAGGAAGUACUGCUCUGUCUAUUGCCAUGCAAAGGAACUUCAAAGACUUGGCUUUGCUUGUCUACGGGAAUGUUAGCUUUGAUCCCAUUGGGAAACCUCGGAAGAAAAUCGGUGGCUUGCCGUGUAAAGCUUCUUGACGUACAAGUAAAGAUUUAGGCAAUCGUGCGGAGUAACUGUUUGGGGUGUUACGGUGUUUUAGUCGUGUACUAGUCAAUAACUUUCGAGGAAUAGGCCUCUGCUGCACAAAGACAAUCCAAGUUGGGAGUACAUGCCAUGUUUCUUUUUCAACGCACAGUAGACGAAAUAUCAACCCUUUUGAUUGAUAUUUAAUGGUUACAGCUGUAGUAUUUUUGUGUGAAAGAACAUUUAUCAUAUCAGGAAAGCGUAAACAGGUUUCCAUGAAAGAUUAAGAUUGGUAUUCAUAUUCUCCACGCGAUUCUACUUACAUUACCAGUGGCACUGACAAAGGAAAUUUGUCCGGAAAUAGGCAGCUUUCUAAAUUGGUUUUCAUUUCCUUUGUUCUCAUGACCUUUACAUUUGAUUCAAGGUUCAUAAUGUAAGGAGAAAUUAAAGGCCAGUUACUCUUAGACCUUUAAGUAUGUCAAAUCUGGAAUCUAGAAAUUUGAGUUACCUUUGCAGAAAUGAUUCAUCCAGCUUUUAUUGAAGGAACUCUAUCUAUAGAGGUUCAGCUAGUUAUUUUUCAUUUGUUGUAGUAGGGGUGUCCUGGUGGUACAAGGUAGGGAUGGAAACUGCCCUGCGGGGGGGGGGAGAGAGGGUUUCAAUUAGUGAAUGGAGACUUAAAAACGUGAAUGAGAUCAGAUGGUAAAUAGAUUAUGUUGGUAUCUUAGUAGCAUAAGCAAAUAAAUGCACAUGUAGUUUUUCCUAACCCAUAGAACUUAUCUUACUUUAACUAUUAUUCUAAACCUCGUAUAAUUUACGGCAGUUCUUCAAUAAUCCUGGCCGUGAAAGGUCUGGGCACGAGACUAGUUCUUCCAUAGUGUGACAAAUUUAAGAGAAAGGAAGGCUUGUCUGCCUAACUGAGGAUGGCUUUUAAGAUUUGUAUAGAUAUAUUUAUAUAUAUACAUUUUCAAGAUGGUAUUUAAGGGUUUAACGUGUUUGAAUUUUUCUUACUGUUUUGUUACUUUACUUUGAUAUAGUAAAGUCAAUGUUAUUUUAUUGUUCUUUAUUUAACACAAAGCAAUGGUUAUUAUAUCUUAGUGGGCCACUCUUCAUUAAUAGCUAUUCUAUCGAUGUGCUACAUUUAUUAAUAAUUAUUUUUGUUAAAAAUAUGCAUAGUAUUCUAUGAAAUGUGUAAAAUCUUGUGGGUAUAUGUUACGA